AUGAGUUUUCUGAAAGGGAAAAUUCAUGUUUCUAUUUUGAAUAAGUUUGUUGAUUUUUACGCAGAAAAAAAUUAUGAACGUGUUCAGAACAUUUCGGUAGCGAAUAACAAUGAAUUUAAAAAAAAGAAAAGACAACAUGCAUCGAGUAGAUAUGUUGAAGAGGACGAAAAAAAUAUAGGGAGAAAGAGGAAAGAUUUUCUUAGAAAAAAGCGGAAAAAAGAAUGUGAGAAAGAAUUAAUUAAAUAUAAUAUAAAAUGUAGGAAAAUAAAGAAAGUCAUAAGUAGGAAGAAAAGGAAAAAUGAAGACGAAAAGGAAUACAUACCUUUCCAAGGAAAACAGAACAAGGAAAAAUUUAGUGCUUCUUCAGUUGAAGGGAGCGAAAAUGAAAAGACAUUAAUCGACAAAAUGGAGGAGGAAAAAACAUGUAUUUUAUCGAAAAAUCAUGGCAAUGUGUUGUCAAGUAAAUUAAAGAGGAUUAACAAAAUAAAAAAUUAUAGGAGUAAUAAAAAAAGUAAUAAAAAGUUCACAAGGAGUAAAAUAAAAAAAAAUUUACAUCCUCUGUUGAAUAAUGGAAAGAAUAUAUUUCUUAAUAGAGGAUUGAGUCAUUAUUAUCAUCUAGCUAAUUCUUAUAAAAAAUUUUUAAAAAUUAAAAAAAAAAACAAGAGCAUGGAAAAGAAUUUUGAAAAUAGUAUAAUUGGGGGAAAAUUAAGCAGAACAAAACUAAUUACUUCGAAGAAUGACUCACCAUCACCUACAUUAAGGGAUGACGAAAAUGUAAAUAAAGAACAGGAGAAGCAGUUAUGUGUUAAAGGAAGAGUAAGAAAUGGGUUAAAAGCAACUGACCUAGGUGAAAUAAGUGAAAAGAAGAUGAAGCAGAAGAAGGAAAAAAAAAAAAAAGAUAAAACUUCAUCCACGGGAAAAGAUUAUUGUAAAAAAAGAAAAUAUCAGUCCCCUCCUCAAACAGAUGAAAACAUGCAGUUUAUUAUGUGUAGCAGUUUGGAGGAGCGGUAUAAAAGAAACACAAGUAAAACGGAAAAUUUGAAAAAUAAGAAAAUUUCGGUAAAAUACAGAAUAAAAACUUCAAACACAGUAAGUAGAGAUGAUUGUACAAAAUUUUCAAAAAAUAUAGAAAAAUAUGGCGUUAAUAAUAAAAUGAAAAAGGACAAACAAAGAGUGAAGAGAAAAAAGAGCGAAAUGAUGAACAGGUUUAGGUCUAGUAUAAACCAGAGCGUUUAUUGUCAGGUCGAGGAAAAUAUACCGAAAGGAUGUACGAGUAUUACGCAAGGCACUAACAAUACGCAAGAUAAAAUGGAUAUUUUUACUUCAAACCCGCAUAGCAAAGGGGGGGGGAAAAAUAAUUCUGAAACUGAACACAUUAGUUAUGAAAAUGAUAGUAGUAGUAGUAGUAGUCAUUUCGAAGGAUCAACGAGUGAUAUACAUGACAGUUUUAGUAUCAACCAUGAUGAGAGGAAAGACCGAAAUAUUAUAGAAAGUGCACAAAGAAAGAAGAGAAAGAAGAAAAAACCGCAAAAAGGAAAGGAAGAUAUAUAUAAAGAUAACAGUAUCAUAAAUGAAUGCAAAAGGAAAGAUAACAAGUAUAAUAUCGUUAAUGUUACUUCGAUCAAUGAAUUAGUCGAGAGGGGGGUGCGAAUCGAAAAAGAGGAGAGACAAGAAGAAAAACAGGUACAACAGGUACAACAGGUACAACAGAUACAACAGGUACAACAGGUACAACAGGUACAACAGGUACAACAGGUACAACAGGUACAACAGGUACAACAGGUACAACAGGUACAACAGGUACAACAGGUACAACAGGUACAACAGGUACAACAGGUACAACAGGUACAACAGGUACAACAGGUACAACAGGUACAACAGGUACAACAGGUACAACAGGUACAACAGGUACAACAGAUACAACAGGUACAACAGGUACAACAGGUACAACAGAUACAAAAUCAAAAUAUGCAGUAUAUGAAGGAAGGCAGGGAGACCACUUGUUAUAUCACACAAUAUAGCAGCAGAGAAGCUGGAAAUAACGAAUGUUUAAAAAAGGGCGAUAGUAACCUUAGUAAUUCCAGUGAUGGACGAACAAAUGUAAUUCGUGUGGAGGGGACAAAAAGUACAAAGGGUGAAGAAGAUGGGAAAAAGGAAGCUAUAGGGGUGAAUAUCAGGAACGAGGGCAACAUCCCUACUGAUAAUAGGAACAAAGAAAAUAACACCACCAUUGUUAACAGGAACAGUGAAAACGACUCUACUAGUGUUAACAGGAAGGAUGCAGAAAAUCCGGCGCUUAACAAGCGCUCAGUGCAGAUGGACUGCGCAGAAAAGGGAUUUGGGAAAGCGCUGCUAGACAGUAGUAGUAGUAAUGGUUUGAAUUUAAAAGAGUACCUAAUAUUAAAGGAGAUAAAAACCAAGGAAGAUAAUGAAAUGAUUCAUCUAAAUUUGGAUUCAACAUUUUUUGUAUCAAAAGGGGCAGGAUUAUAUAACUAUGGUCAGAAUAUAUGUUUUUUUAAUAGUAUUAUCCAAACGUUUAUAAGGAUCCCAUACGUUUGUAAAGAUUUACUUAAUAAAUUACAUUCUCUAAAUUGCGAAAAAAAGAAAAGUCGAGUAUUUUGUUUCUAUUGUUUAUUCGAACAGUUCGCUUGUACUAUUAUAUCAAAAAGAUGUGUAAUAAAAAAUAUAUUAAUUCCAUAUAUUAAAAAAUAUAUAUGUAAUAGUUAUCAUAUAGGGUAUCAAGAAGAUGUACAUGAGUAUUUGAGAUAUUUUUUAUGUUCUUUAGAAAAAUCUUCUUUUUAUUCUUCUAUAUAUAUUCAAAAAAUGUUCACAGGAGUAACAAAGAAUGUAACUAUAUGUAUGAAAUGUAAUAAUGUUUCUUUAAAAUAUGAACAAUAUUAUGAAUUAGCUUUAGAUAUAAGUUCUUCUAAUAAUUUAGAGGAAGCAUUAAAAAAAUUUUUAUCCAAAGAAAUGCUUAUGGGAGAUAAUGGAUAUUUUUGUGAAAAAUGUGGUAAGAAAAAAAAAGCUACUAAACAAUGUGUUAUUAAUAAAUUACCAAGAGUAUUAACAAUUCAGGUAAAAAGAUUUUUUAUGAAUUCUAAACAUCAUGUUGUCAAAAAUCAUAAAUAUCUUUCCUACCCAUUAUACUUAGAUAUGAAAUAUUAUGUAAAUAACUAUGAUUUAUUUGAAAAUAAUUUUAAUAAUAAUGUCAUAUCGUUAUAUGAAAAAAUGAACAAAAAUGGAAAUAGCCAAAAUAGUCAUCUUAUUAAAGAACACACUACUACUGUUCUUAAUUAUAAAAAUUACAACAACGCUAUUGGUGAGUUACGUUUUAACGGUUUAAAUAUUAGUAGAAGACAUUUACAUAUGAGGAAUAUGUCAAAUGAAGAGAAACGAGAAUCUUUCUUUAGAAAUGACAACAAUACUCCGUAUGAAGACGCAGUUCGAACGAGGUACUGCAGUGUAUGGGCUGAUAAACCCCAUGUUCGUGCAGGUUCCAACUACAACAACUACAGCUGCCAUAAUGAUAAUGAUAAUAAUUGUAAUAAUAAUGAUAAUGAGAAGAAUGAUAAUAAUUGUAAUAAUAAUGAUAAUGAGAAGAAUGAUAAUAAUUGUAAUAAUAAUGAUAAUGAGAAGAAUUAUAAUAAUUGUAAUAAUAAUGAUAAUAAUGAUAAUAAUAAUAAUAAUAGCAACAACAAUAAUAAUAAGAAUAAUAAUAAUAAUGAGAAGAAUGAUAAUAAGAAUAAUAAUAAUAAUGAGAAGAAUGAUAACAAAAGGGCUUGUGGUGGAUACAUGGACACGUGCAGCAGCAUGCGUGUUUUAAAAGAAAUAGAAAGCAUGCUCACCAAUUUAAAAAGGGAAAUAUAUCGGAAGCAAAUGAACAGAAAGGAUUCCACAUCCAACUUGAAAGACCUUAUAAUUGAAAAAAGAAAAAGUAUUAUGAACGAGUUAAGAAAAAUAAGAUACACUAAAUUUUACAAAGAUGUUCUUCUAACUAUAUGCAAAGACUUUAACACAAUGAACUAUUAUGUUAAGACGAAUUGUGAAAAUAAAAAUGUUAGCCAAAAAACUGUUUUGUUGAAGUACAAGGUUGACUAUUACCACAAGAGGGGGGGUUAUCAGCAAUACAGGAGCAGGGGUAGAAAGCAGUUAUAUAUGGCAUGUGAAGGAUCCAGUGGUGCAAGUAAUGCGCGUGAUGCGGAAAGACAAAGCGACUAUGGAAAACUGGACGAACAGAGAAGAAGAAACAAUUUGAACAAUUCCAUUAAUGAAGAGAAUGGCUAUUUCUCUUACGAGCUAACAGGCCUAAUUAAGCAUCUCGGAUCUGGAACGGAAUAUGGUCAUUACGUUGCCCUCACAAAAUCGAACAAUAAUAUUUAUUUGCAAUGUGAUGAUAAUAAUAUUUCUUAUAUUAACAAGCAUGACAUACUAAAUUGUGUAAAGAAUGCCUAUGUGUUUAUAUAUACUUGCAUCAAUCCUGGUUUCAUUGACUUUUAUAAUAAAUACAUUGAUGUUUCGGAAAAAAAAAAAUUUAAUAUAAAUUUACCUGUAUUCGAAAAGCGCGUUGAAUUUAAGGAGCGAAUAACAAUGCCCAAGAAGAUGUUCAUAAGCAAGUCUCUCCACUACUAA